AAGAAGUACCACGUGGUUUGCAGCAGUCACGAAGCUGAAAAGAAAGCAGCUCAUUUUGUUGUUUGCCUCCAAGUCGCAGAGAUUUUGCAGGUUGUUUGGCAUCAGCUUUCAAAAAUGCCCUCUGGCUUUUGUGUGAGGGUGCUCUUGCUCUCAUUGUUAGCCUUUGGGCCACAUGCAAAGGCACUGAGCUACAGAAGUGGAGUCUCCAGUGGCAUUGAACCUUACUUCCAGGUGGCUGAAGAUUUUCCAGGCAACCACAGGCCUGGUCUAACGUUGUCCAGUUAUGAGAGCUCUGCACAGCCUAGAGGUUCUCUGGGUAGCUCUGGACCUAGUGCUGGAGGGUACAGUGAUUCAUACGGAAGGCAAGUAGAUGGUUACAGUCCAGAGAGAAGUGUUUCUAGUUACAAGCCUGACCCAAUGAUCCAUAAAAAACCCAGAGAGAACCCACAACAGCCACGUUACCAAAAUAAUGCAAAUAUUCCCCAGACCAAAGCUGGCAUGUGGGACGUUGCUUUUCCACAGAAUGUAAACCGAUUUGAGUCAGGUAUUGUUUCAAGUCAUGGAAUUGAAAUGCAUUCUGGUCGCCAAUCUGAGGUCAAGCCCCAGCAACCCAAGCUGCCCGUCUACCUGCCCAAGCCCCAGCAACCCAAGCAGCCCCUGCUGCCCGUCUACCUGCCCAAGCCCCAGCAACCCAAGCAGCCCCUGCUGCCCGUCUACCCGCCCAAGCCCCAGCAACCCAAGCAGCCCCUGCUGCCCGUCUACCCGCCCAAGCCCCAGCAACCCAAGCAGCCCCUGCUGCCCGUCUACCCGCCCAAGCCCCAGCAACCCAAGCAGCCCCAGCAGCCCCUGCUGCCCGUCUACCCACCCCAACAACCCAAGCAGCCCCAGCAACCUAAGCUGCCCGUCUACCCGCCCAAGCCCCAGCAACCCAAGCAGCCCCUGCUGCCCGUCUACCCGCCCAAGCCCCAGCAACCCAAGCAGCCCCUGCUGCCCGUCUACCCACCCAAGCCCCAGCAACCCAAGCAGCCCCUGCUGCCCGUCUACCCGCCCAAGCCCCAGCAACCCAAGCAGCCCCAGCAGCCCCUGCUGCCCGUCUACCCACCCAAGCCCCAGCAACCCAAGCAGCCCCUGCUGCCCGUCUACCCGCCCAAGCAGCCCCAGCAACCUAAACUGCCUGUCUACCCACCCAAGCCCCAGCAACCCAAGCAGCCCCUGCUGCCCGUCUACCCACCCAAGCCCCAGCAACCCAAGCAGCCCCAGCAACCUAAACUGCCUGUCUACCCGCCCAAGCCCCAGCAACCCAAGCAGCCCCUGCUGCCCGUCUACCCGCCCCAGCAACCCAAGCAGCCCCAGCAACCUAAACUGCCUGUCUACCUGCCCAAGCCCCAGCAACCCAAGCAGCCCUUGCUGCCCGUCUACCCGCCCCAGCAACCCAAGCAGCCCCAGCAACCUAAGCUGCCCGUCUACCCACCCAAGCCCCAGCAACCCAAGCAGCCCCUGCUGCCCGUCUACCUGCCCCAGCAACCCAAGCAGCCCCAGCAACCUAAGCUGCCCGUCUACCCACCCAAGCCCCAGCAACCCAAGCAGCCCCUGCUGCCCGUCUACCUGCCCCAGCAACCCAAGCAGCCCCAGCAACCCAAGCAGCCCCUGCUGCCCGUCUACCCGCCCAAGCCCCAGCAACCCAAGCAGCCCCAGCAACCUAAGCUGCCCGUCUACCUGCCCAAGCCCCAGCAACCCAAGCAGCCCCUGCUGCCCGUCUACCCGCCCAAGCCCCAGCAACCCAAGCAGCCCCAGCAACCUAAGCUGCCCGUCUACCCGCCCAAGCCCCAGCAGCCCAAGCAGCCCCAGCAACCUAAACUGCCCGUCUACCCACCCAAGCCCCAGCAGCCCAGCUACCUGGACAGGACCAGUGUAACCCAAAGCAAAGCUGGUAUGUGGGACUUUGCGCUUUCCCAGGAUGGUGCUGCUUUUGAUCCUAAUGAGCAGCCCACUGACUCUGCUACACCAAGGAGUUCUAACCGUGGUUAUGACUCAUGGCCUGCCACGUUCCAGCACCAGUAUCUCAGAAGUUUGCACCAAUAAUCUUGGAUAUGCUAACUGUUACUGACCUCCUCCUGGAAGGUGUCCAUCUUGGCCUGGCAUUAACAUUUUGUGAAAUUCAAUAAAGUACUUGGAAUUACA